UAUACCUGCAACUUUCAUGCGAGGUUUUAUUUUGUUCCGAUCUGGAUACAAUCGAUGUAUUAGAAACUUUCUUGGAUGAUGCUGCUUUACUGGGUCGUUCCUUGUGAAGAACCGUUCCAUUCGAACCGUGCCUCGAGUCCAUUGCGAGUCUGCACUUCUCCCGUCCUCCCCGCCCUGCGCAACUUGAUCAUUCAAUCCGACCAGUGUUUGUGAAUUCCUUCACUCGAGCCAAUAUCAUCACAGCAAUGGGUUUCUUUACAGGCUUCGCGAGUGGCUUUGCAUUCACCUCGACCGUGAUCUACCUCACCGUCCAAGUCCACCGGUACAAUCGCCUGGAGCAGCGCAACGCGAUCCGCGAACAGACCCGCGCCUUGACCUGGCUGGCCUCGUCGACCGGUGCAUAUGACCGCCGCUUAAUCCCUAGCGAGACCGAGACACCCCAGGAGCUCCCGCCCCAACGCACACAGCCAACCCUAUCUGAGCUGCUCAAACAUCGUUGGAACACAGAAGUGAAGUCGUACGCGAACAAGGCCUACGAGACUAGCUGGGAGGAUGUGAGGGAUAUGGCUGUGGAAGGGUGGAGGUCGGCCGCGAGACUGGUGAAGAGCGAGUAGAAACGGCGGGGUUGUGGCUUCUUUGCAUCUGGAGGUGGAUCCAAGCUUUUUGCAUUGUGCGUGGAGGUGUAUGAUAUUGGGUGUGUUAUUCUAUUGUUCUGAUACCCUUGGUUUGAUGUUGGUAGGUUGGUAGUUCUUAUUAAAAGUACUGGGU